AUAGUGACUAAAUACAACAUUUCAAAAAGUUUGGAGCAUUGAACUCCCAAAUGCAUUCAUGAGGGUUUUCUUUCUGCUGUAGAAGAAGCUCUGAAAUCACUCUGUUCCUACUCUAAUUCCUCGCAUAAAUGUUCUCCAGAGCUAAAUCUCUGUUUCCAAUUCAAAAACUUUACAUCCCAAAUGAGACCCACUGGCUUCUUCCUAAUCACCACCGCCACCAGCAGCAGCGGCGAGGGCUGGUGAAGGUCCGCCUCAAAUGGGUGAAGAACCGAAGCCUCGAUCACAUAAUCGACACCGAGACCGAUCUAAAAGCCGCAUGCCUCCUCAAAGACGCCAUCAAACGUUCUUCCGUUGGCUUCCUCACCUCCAAGUCCAUCGCCGAGUGGCAGAAGCUCCUCGGCCUCACCGUGCCGGUUCUUCGCUUCAUGCGCAGGUAUCCCACUCUAUUUCACGAAUUCCCUCACACCCGAUAUGCCAAUUUGCCCUGUUUUCGCCUUACCGACACUGCAGUAAUGUUAGACUCGCAAGAACAGAGCAUACACGAAACCCAUGAGCUAGAUACCGUAGAAAGGCUAUGUAGGGUUCUUAUGAUGACCAAAAGUAGGAUGAUUCCGUUCCAAGCGCUUCAUCCAUUGAAAUGGGACCUGGGUUUGCCCGAUGACUUCGAUAGAAGGUUGAUUGGGAAAUACCCAGAUCAUUUUCGGGUCGUUAAGGGCUCAAAUGGGCUCGCUUGCUUGCGGUUGGCACAGUGGCGGGAAGAAUUUGCGGUCUCAGCAUUGCAAAGAAGCAACAAGAAUGGUGAAUUGGGGAGUGAGUACCGAGAAUUUAAGAGGGGGGAAACGGCAUUGAUGUUUCCGAUGAGUUUUCCAAGGGGGUACGGGGCGCAGAAGAAGGUGAAGGUAUGGAUGGAUGAUUUUCAGAAGUUACCAUACAUUUCCCCCUAUGAGGAAUCCAGGCAGAUUGAUCCAAAAAGUGAUCUUAUGGAAAAACGGGUUGUUGGGGUUUUGCACGAGCUCUUGAGCUUGACUAUUCACAAGAAAACCAAGAGGAACUACUUGAGGAGCUUGCGAGAUGAGUUAGAUCUUCCCCACAAGUUUACACGGAUUUUCACUAGGUAUCCAGGGAUAUUCUACCUGUCAUUGAAGUGCAAGACGACAACAGUGGCGCUAAGGGAAGGGUACCAACGGGGCAAAUUGGUAGACCAGCAUCCCCUUGCUCGCAUUAGGGAGAAGUACUAUUAUGUAAUGAGGACUGGCAUUCUUUAUCGUGGAAAAGCUAAUAACGUGAAUCCUCCUCAAGAUAGCUCAUUUAACAACGAGGAUGGAAUGGAACAAGGAAACAUGGAAGAGGAGUUUGGAACGGAGGAUGAAUGUUAUGAAGAGGAAACCUCGGAGCAGGAGGUUGGCUCUAGUGAUGAAUAGUGAUUGUAAGACAAGAACAGCAAUCUUGCAGCAUACCUGAAGAAAAAAAGAAAGAAAUGUCAGCUCUUGAGUAGAGGAUGCUAGAAGAUUUGAAGUGUGAAAGGAUAGUAAGAGAAAAUCCUUCACAAAAUCCUGAAUCCCUGCCAUGUUAACAACUAUGAGCAAAUUUUGGCCUCCCACUUUUGUAAACCAAGUCAUGGAUCACUCCCUAUGGCAAAUGAAAUGAGGUCUUUUUCAUUUAGAUCCUGAGCCUGUAUUUCAUUUAGAAAAAAAGGUGCCCUGUCAUUGAUUUUUUUUUUUUUUUUUUGACUGAGGUAAGGAAAUUGGAGUAGAGACUUAUUAUGUGUAAGAAUGAUAAUUUUAUCAAGCAGAAGUGGGUGUGUCUGCAGGAAGCAGGGAGAGUAGGAAGAAGAACCAUAGCAAGGUUACAAAGUGGGGGCAUCGCCAAGUAAGGAGGAUCGUCUAAUGAAUGGCUGAAUUUCGUGGUUUCUUAUAACUUUGUUGGCGCUAGAUUCAGGAACUUUUAAGAAUCCUGUGCUGUGUAAUGUUUGAUUGCUGUGUACUUGAGCUAGUUCACUUUGGCUGAGCUGGAAAAAUAAAUAGAUCCCUCUAAUGUAAUGUAGUUGGCUCUAGACACGCUGAUUUUCUCUC